GCCCUAAAUGACGAAUCGGAGGAAUCAAAACUUCUUAGGAGAGGGCUUUGGUUCCUAAAGUGGAUAUCUAUGUGGAGGUAUGUGAAAUCGCACGAAGUGACUAAGAAGCGGAGACUUACCUCGCCGAAGACGACGACGUAAAUGGCAGUGGCGACGAAAUGGCAACAAUGACGGUGAAUUUUAACACAUAGGUAACUUUCUUUUGUUGUUCUUCUUCUUCUGCGUUUGAGAAUUCUUAUUCUUCUGUGUAUGGGAAUUCUUCUUCUUCUGCCUUCUGUCACUACCAUUUUGGUUCUGCUGUGAUGCGGCUUUCGGUUGUUAAGAUACAAAUAAAGUUGUUGAAUCAUCGAGGAGUGAAGAUAUUUCAGUUUGAAGUUCUCCGGAGGCUCAGAUAUGGACGAAGGUGAAACUCCCCCUUCCUCGCCAAAGCCGAAAGAAGUUGAAGAUUCUGUAUCGGUGCAAUUCGGUUGAAGAUGAAGAAUGAAUUGAAGCAGAAGGUUGAAGAAAAUAUGGAAAGAUGUGGGAGAGUGAAGGUGACGAGAAGAUCCAAUCCUUUGAGAGAGAUUGAAGGUUUUCUUGUGUUGUUGGUUGCAAGCCGUUGCAGCAUCCCGCGCUUGGAGCUGGUGUUGGUAGCUUGCAUACCUGCGUUUGGAUGGUUUUCUGUUGCCGGUUUGGUUACCGUUGCAUUUGGAAUGCUGCGGCAGUUUGUGGCUUUGGAUUAUGUAUUGAGAUUAAUGCAACUUUGUUGUAACUUUGAAAUUGUAUUGAACAUAGGAAUGGAUUAUGGUUUUCGUUAGAAUGUUUAUGUAUUCAAGAAAUUGGAAUUGGGAUUAAUGAUUAUGGAUUGAUUUGUAUGUUAGAUGAUGAAUUGGCAACUUAUUCAUGGUGAUGGUUUGAAUGACUAUAGAAUUGUAUUAACUAUUAUUUUCAAUGGUUUCAUUCGAAUAUGGAAGGUUGUGGUGAA